GCCAAGAGGAUCGCUAAAGGGGACUGGGAGAAACACAAGAGAGAUAAAGACCUUGAACCCUACCUACAUGUGAAGCAGGAGUUAUCAGUUGCAGAAGGACUUAUCUUCAGAGAACACCGAAUAGUACUACCGCCGACACUCCAGAGAAAAGUGGUCAGACUAGGACACAGCCUAGGACACUUAGGAAAAACCAAGACCAAGCAAAUGCUGAGAGAGAAGUACUGGUUCCCUCUGAUGAACAGCAUGAUCGACACAGCUAUUGACCAGUGUUAUGAGUGUCAAGUAGCUACGAAAGGAAACAGAGAAGAACCAAUCAAGGUGACCAACAUCCCAAACCGACCUUGGGACACAGUAUCCAUUGACCAUGGUGGACCAUACCCAGAUGGUCACUACAAUCUCGUCCUGAUUGACAAAAGAACCAGAUAUCCAGUGGUAGAGUCAGUACCAUCAACUGACUUCCAGACUAAUAAGGAGAGAUUGAAGCACAUCUUCGCCACCUAUGGAACUCCGAGGAGAAUUGAGAGCGACAACGGACCCCCGUUCAAUUCUAAAGAGUUCAAUGAAUUUGCAGAGCAGGAAGGAUUUCAGCACCAUAGGGUGACGCCCCUUCACCCAAGAGCGAACGGAGAAGUAGAGAGAUUCAUGCAAACCCUAAACAAGACCGAACAAAUUGCAAGUCUGCAAGGCAAAAACCGUCUUGAGAGGAGAAAUGCGGUUCAAGACAUGCUUACUGCUUACAGAUCGACACCACACCCAGCUACUGGAGUCGCACCUUAUGAAGCCCUUAAGGGGACAUCUGUGAGAACGAAGUUGGAUUACAUUGAACCUGAACCACAAAGGAAUGAGAAGGAUGACUUAAUUGACCACAGAGAUGCAGAGUACAAGCAGAAAAUGAAGCGACAGAGAGAAGGGAGAAAGACCAGAGAGAAUAAUCUGCUACUAGGAGACUAUGUGCUUGUCAAGCAGCCAAGGAAGAACAAGUGGAGUACACCCUAUGAACCUGUGUUCUAUGUUGUGUGCAAUAUUCAUGGUUCCCAAAUAACCGCCAGACGUGUCACAGAUGGACGAACAGUCUGCCGAGAUGCCAGCCAAUUUAAGCUAGCAAAUGCAGUUAUCAACACCUCCGAUGAACCAGAGAAGAGUGAGGAAGCACAAACACCACAGGCAGUUGUAGACCUCGAGAUCCCAGAGAAGGUGAAUCCACCAAGUGUACCACCUGAUACAACAGCAAAUGUAGAGAAACCACCCAGUACAGAGAUAUUGGUAAUACCGGAACAGGAAACUGAACGGAAACAAGGAACAGAACCUGACCAGCCAGUGAAUAAACCAGUAGUGACGAGACCCAGACGGGAAAGGCGCCAGCCCUUACAUUUGAAAGACUAUGUGCUAACUUAA